AUGUUGCGAACAUCGAUUCGGUCAGCAAGGGCGAUUGGCCGCGCCCCUACUGCGUCCGCAGUCGGCCGCCAAUGGCACGUCGCCGCCCUCCGUGCCAGCUCCAGGCACUUUGCCGACAGCAGGAAGCCCGAUCCUGUCUCCCAGCCCGUCAAGCUGCCGACCAUCGAGACCAACACAGCCAAGGAGAGCAAACCUCCCAGACUCGUCGAUCCCGAGCCUACUAUCCCCGCCGAUAACAUUCCCCUGACACCCGCAACCUCCUCCCGCCUGCGGACCAAGCCUCUUCCCCGAACUCGGGUGGAUGUUGACACCCUCAACGACGACGCCCGACGACACCCGCCGCCUCCUCCCCCUCGGGCCGCGCCUCCCGAAGAAGGGCUUUCUUUCCGCCGUCUGAGGAACCUUGUGCUGACCCUCGCCGUCCUCGGUGCUCUCGGCUUUUGGUGGAAGCCAACGGCUCCUGCGGCGCCCGCCCCGACCCCCGAGCCUAAGCCCGCCCCUGUCGCCGAGAAGCCUGUCGCUCCCGUCGAGGCCCCUGUCGAGGUCAAGGCCGCCCCCGUCGCUUCCAAGCCCGCCAAGGCCCAGUCGACCGAGGCGUUCCGCGCCCCCGAGGUCAACGAGCCCUCGAGGCUGCCGCCCAUUGCGCCCAUUGACCCCCUCAAGGUCAACGACGCCAUGGAGCCCCUGGUACAGGACCUCGUCCACAUGCUGAACGACAUCAUCACCGUCGUCAACGCCGACAAGGCGCAGGGCCGCUACGGUGCCACUAUUGACAAGGCCAAGAGCGAGCUCAACAAGGUCGGCGGCAAGGUCAAGGACGUCCGCGGCGAGGUCGAGAAGAAGGCCGCCGAGGAGGUCCGCCAGCGGAUCAACGAUUUUGACGCCGCCGCCGAUGCCCUCGUCAAGCGCGUCGAGGCCGCCAUGGCCGCCCAGGAGGCCAACUGGCGAGGCGAGUUUGAGGAGGAGAUGAAGCGCGUCAAGAACAGCUACGACGAGCGCGUCAAGGUCCUCCUCGAGCGCGAGAAGCAGCUCGGCCACCAGCGCCUCGAGAACAGCCUCCUCGAGCAGGCCCUGGCCCUGAAGAAGGAGUUCACGGGCGAGGUCCGCAAGCGCGUCGAGGACGAGCGCGACGGCCGCCUCGGCAAGCUCAACGACCUGUCGGCCGCCGUCGCCAACCUCGAGAAGCUGACGGUCGGAUGGAACGACGUCGUCGACACGAACCAGCGCACCCAGCAGCUGCACGUCGCCGUCGAGGCCCUCGUCGCCCUCAAGGAGAUUGCCGCCGACGACGCCGUCGUCAACGCCGCCAUCGCCUCCAUCAACCCCUCGGCCUACCAGCGCGGCCUGUCGACGUCGGCGCAGCUCGUCGACCGCUUCCGCACCGUCGCCGGCGAGUCCGCAAGACUUCGCUGCUGCCCGACGACGCGGCGUCGCCAGCCACGCCUCGGAGCUGGUCCUUCAGCAAGGUCAUGUUCAAAGAGCAGGGGCUUCGCCAUCGGCGAUGACGGGCUCGCCACCGGCGAUGACGUCGAGAGCAUCCUCACCCGCACCCAGACCUACCUCGAGGAGGGCGAUCUCGACGCCGCCGCCCGCGAGAUGAACGGCCUGCAGGGCUGGGCCAAGACGCUGAGCAAGGACUGGCUCGGCGAGGUGCGCAAGGUGCUGGAGGUCCAGCAGGCGCUCGAUGUCAUCUCGACCGAGGCGCGGCUGCAGAGCCUGAGGGUCGAGUAA